AUGGGGACAUACCCUGAGCUUCCGUCAUAUGUUCUGGAAACUGGUGAAGAUCUUCAAGAUGUCAUCGACAAAUACCCAGACGAGCUGCUCGGCAAAACGGUUGCUAGAAAGUUCAACCACACCAAGCUGCCAUAUCUGCCCAAGGUUUUGUCGAUAGCGAAGGCCUUGCCUCUACAAUUACAUCCUAACAAAGAUCUCGCUUCCAAGCUACACCAGAAGAACCCCGAUCAGUUCACAGACCCAAACCACAAGCCAGAGAUUGCACUGGCGCUUGGCGACUUCGAGGCAUUCUGCGGCUUCAAGCCUCUCAAGGACAUCGAGCGCACGCUGCAGUUACCACCACUUCAGGCCUUUCUGCCGCAAGUCAAGAAAGCCGAGUUCGAUGACCAAACUCUCAAGCACGUUGUCAAAUCCAUGCUCGAAGCCUCAGACGAUGUCGUCCGCAAAACCAACGAUGCCCUCAUGGCUCUUCCCAAGGAGAAAUUUGGCGAGGACUCCUACAUCCCAGAAAUGAUCCCACGUUUAGCGGAGCAGUACGACAAAGCCGACAACGGCACCCUAGUCGCGCUCAUCACCAUGAAUUACCUGCAGCUCAAGGAAGGUGAAAGCAUUUACAUCCCCGCAGACGGUAUCCAUGCAUAUCUCUCCGGAGACAUCAUCGAAUGCAUGGCGCGCUCAAACAACGUCCUCAACACGGGAUUUUGCCCACGUGCUGAUCGCGACUCGGUCGAAAUGUUCACGUCGUGCCUCACAUUCACGCCACAUGACGUCAAGGAUUGUAUGCUGCCAUCGCAGUCGUUUGGCAAGAGCAGCAACGGCAAGUCAAAGCUCUACGCUCCACCGCUCAGCGAGUUUAGCAUGUACGCCACCACUUUGGCUGCAGGCGAGUCGGACACGAUCAAUAAGAUUGGAGGGCCGAGUGUCAUGAUUGUUACAGAGGGUGAGGGAACGCUGAAGGCUGAGGGCAAAGAGCACAAGCUGAGCGCGGGAUAUAUUUUCUUCGUUGGGCAGGGUGUUGAGCUGGAGUUUAGCGCUACGAAGACACUUAAGGCAUUCACGGCUUUUGCUGAGUAG